AUGAAUUUGGCAUCACAGAGUGUUUUGGAAGGAUUGAACGCUUGUUUGGACUAUCGUCGACGUUUGUUCAUCGCCGAGCUGAACAGAAGCUUUGAAAUAGGCACGGGAAGUGGGCGAAGCAGAUUCUUCGCUUGUCAGAACCCACGUGGACAGGGCGGUAACAGACGCGCAUUACCGAAGUCGUUUGUGAAUCGCUUCACAACGGUAUGUUUUGAAGUGAUAGGGGUGGUUGGAUAG